AUGUGGAUGUUGCCUCUGAUGCUCUUUCAUAUGGGCUGCCUGGUGCUCUCUCGAAGGGCCAAAGAAGUGGUGGAACAUUUGGAGCACGAGGUUUCGGGGAAGCUGUGCAAGAAGACCUUCUUAUCAGGCUGCCAGCCCGCCGCAGUGUGUGAGCAGGACUACGAGGGUGUCUGCGACCUGAAGUACGAUGAGGACUUGGUGUUGGAGUUCAAAGAGAGCAAAUCCUCGCUGGUUGCCACGGCCUUCCAGGAGGUCAGCCCAAGUGAAGUGCCACUGCUUGCUGCUGCGAUGAACUCAUCCACCCGCGAGUUUCUGGAUUCCGUUUCCCAAGUUACGGCAGCUCUGGAGCAACAAGGAGGACAAGCUGUGAACUUCAGUGCCAUGUUCGAGAUCAUGCAGAAUCAGAGCUUUCAGAUGACCGAUGCCCCAGCCCUGAUGGUCCAAGCCUUCCCCAGCAUGGCAAGGAAGGAAGUCGCGUCCGCCAUGGAGAACGUUGCUGCCACCAUGGCAGAGGUACCCGCUUGUGAGGACCCUAGGUCUCUGGCUUGCGGCAAAGGCCUGUUGGCCAAGGUGCUGCCAACAGCUGAAGCCCAAGUUGAGAAGCUGACGGCAUUGCUUGGAAAGAUCGAGCAGAAGGUGCUUGGCACCGGACUUUUGCAAGUUGCAGGUGAAGGUGAGGGUGUCGGAGAUUUCCUUAUGUGCUGGGUAGGGAAGGCGAUUGCCAUCCUGACCUUUCAGUACUUCCUGGUGCUCUCGGUCUUCUUCUUUGCCUUGUGGAUGCCUGUGAUCCCCAUCAUGGUAGCCAUGGUCUUUUUCUGGAGCUUCCUCCUGCCCUGCGGGCUCUACCUGGUCCCGAAGGUGAUCCUGGAGGCAGUGGGGCUCGGAGCCGGGCCACAGGGGAUGCAGGCGCUUUGA